UUCUGUUUACGAAUGUUUGUGGCGCAUGUGGGAACUCGUGCCACCGAAUUGUAAAAAAACUUAUGAUCAUUUCGAGCCUCGUCCGACUCGAAGAAAGAAGUUUUCAAUUAUUCUUCUUCGUUUUUCCAUCAGAAAUUGAAGUUUGACAACAUGGAACUGUAAGGAAUUAUAUAAAUGAUUUGAGCAGCAGAGGUGAUGCAGUGUUAAUUGUUGCUGCUAUUCCUUUUAAUGAAAUAUGGCAUCUUGGCAUCAGUGGCAAAAAGAAGGUGAUCCUCCGUCCGCCGGUCCUCCCCAUCCUUGGGGUCAAAGGAUAUGGGGAGAAGGACAGGCCGAAGAACAAGAAGGCCUGAGUACGGCCGAAAUUGUAGCCGCUCAAUCUCAAGAUUACAUAGACGAGAAAGAAUAUCAAUAUUUGCAGACAAUAAAUUAUUUGGCAGAGGAACAAGAACGUGUUCAGAAAAAAGUUUUUACCAAUUGGAUUAAUCAUUGUUUUGCUCAAGUUAAACCUCCCAUUAUUGUAAAUGAUUUAAUAGGAGAUCUUCGAGAUGGAACAAAAUUAAUAGUUUUAUUAGAAGUAUUGUCUGGGGAAAGAUUGUAUGGUGAAAGAGGCAAAAGAUUAAGACGACCUCAUUUUAUCAGCAAUAUUAAUACUGUUCUUAGAUUUUUGGAAAGAAGAAGAAUUGAAGAAAAUACAAAAUUAUUGGCAGAACAAGCUGCUUAUUUACAGUUAAGCAGUAAUAGUAGUGUAGAGAGUAUUGGAAAAGGCAGCCCUCUACCAAGUCCUGGUGCAGCUCAGCCCAGUGUAGUUUCAGUACAAGCAACAGCUGCUAAACAGAUUACUCCUGCAGAGAGAUGGAGAGGUGGAGCUCGCAAAGCAUUAUUACAAUGGGUGAAAAACAGCAUUAGUCAGCGAUUUGGCAUUCAAGUGAAUGACUUUGGUCCCAGUUGGAGAAAUGGAAUGGCUUUCUUGGGAAUUAUCCAUCGUAUUCGUCCCAGUUUAGUCAAUAUGGACGCUCUCGGAUCUCUUUCAAAUAGAGAACGUUUGGAAAUGGCUUUUCGUAUUGCUGCAGCGGAUCUUGGUAUUGCAAGGCUGUUGGAUCCAGAAGAUGUCGAUGUGCCACAACCAGAUGAAAAAUCUAUUAUGACAUACGUUGCUCAGUUUUUACAUAAAUAUCCAGAAACUUAUGCAUCUCCUGAAAUGGAUACAGUUCCACAAAAACAGGAUGAUUUUGAUAUUUUAUUAACUUGGUUAAAUCAGGCUGAAACAAUUUUAAAAAUAGUAAAUCAACCAAUCACCAACUAUAAACAAGAAUAUAUGCAAUAUCUGAAACUUCAAAAAGAACAGUUGAGCUAUAAAGAAUUAUAUAACAACCUUUAUCAGAAAAUUACCAGUGGAAUUAUCAGUGAGAUUUCUCUUAAACAAAAGUGGUCAUUAUUACAACAUAAAUGGCAGCGGGUAAAUAAUGAUUNCGAAUUUUUUCAAGAUUUCUCUUCAUGGCAAAAUAAAAAAGAAUUGUUGGUACAAUCUGGAGAAUAUUUAUGUCAUGUAUGUAAAGACAUUAUUACCAGAGACAUCCAAAAGCGUAUUAAUUUCAGAGAAAUUGAAACUAUGAAGAAAUUUCUAUCAGAAAUAAAUGAGAAAUGGAAAAGAUUUUCAGUGGAGCUUCGUUCUGUUGGAACUAAAUUAAAUGAUGCUUUUGCUCAUUGGGAUCAAUAUAAUGCAAAUAUGCCUUCAAUGCUUUCUUGGUUAGAUAAUGCAGAAAAGGUUAUAAAUAGUACUGAAGAUGAAAAAUUAGAAUUUUUUCAAGAUUUCUCUUCAUGGCAAAAUAAAAAAGAAUUGUUGGUACAAUCUGGAGAAUAUUUAUGUCAUGUAUGUAAAGACAUUAUUACCAGAGACAUCCAAAAGCGUAUUAGUGAGAUAAAGAACCGAUGGGAUAAAUUAUAUUUAAAAAUAAAAGAAUAUGUGAAUGCUGGUGAAACACUUUUGGUACGCAGAAAAUUUCAGAGAGAAUUGGAAGAAUUGCAACAAAAACUGCAAGCAAUUGAAUUAAUUUUAGGAACAACAGUACCAUGCACACCAUCUGAAUUAAAUAAAUACUUUACAGAAUUGAAGAAUUUACAGAAAGAGGCAGAAAACUGUGAUAUUUUGUAUAACAACAUAACAACAAAAGUUCAAACAAUUAUACGCACAAUGCCACAACCAGAAGUGCAAACUCUGAUGAAUUUGUUGAAAAAGGAAAAAGAACACAUUGUAACAAUUAAAGCAAAAAUCUCAUCUCGUCUACAAGCUAUUCAGCAAAUUUUAAAUUCUCAGAAUGCUUGGGAAAGUGGAAUAAAUGAAAUUUAUUUAUGGUUGAAUGAAGCAGAGAAUUUAAUAUCUACAUAUGUUAUUCCUGAUUCUCAACAACAAAUUGCAACGCAAUUAGGAAAACAUAAGACAUUCUUUUCCAAAACUACUUAUUAUAAAAAUAUGAUUGAGACAAAAAGAAAAAUCAUUUCUGAUAUUGUAGAACAAGCCACAAGAUCUGGAGGAAUUGAUACAUCUCAUUUACAGCAGCAAAUGACAGCACUAAGUACUAGGUUUGAGAGUUGUGUAGCUCUAUCACAACAAUGGGAAGAUGCAAUGAAAGAAGCUGGAUGUAGAUGGCAGAAAUUUUAUGAUAAGGAAAGAGCUUUAAAACAAUGGCUCGAUAAUGCUGAAAAUAUAAUUAAUGAACCUAUAACAGAUCAUCAUCGUCUCGAAACUAGAAAGGCCUUUUUGGAAAAUGCAGAUGGAAAUCUCUUGAAAAGCUUUAUCACUGCCAGUGAAGAUGUUCUUGCUACACUUCCUGAUAAUGCAAAAUCUUCUGUUAUUGAAACUGUUAACAAUUUACAAGAAAGGUGGAAGACAUUAACAAAAUGUGUUUCUCAAUAUCUUCUGCAACAAGAAUUUAAAUUAGUGGAGCAAGAAUUUUUACAUCAUUUACAAGAAGUUCAAAGAGAAUUAUCUUCUGAACAGCAGUGCAUUGAUCGUGGAGAAAAACACGAAGCUAUUUUAAAUCGUAACAAAGACUUUUUUAAUAAUGGUCCAACGAUUAUUUCUAUGCAAAAAUGUCUUGAAGAGUUGCAAGGAAUUUGUAACAAAUAUCAUAUUUCAUUUCCUGGAGAUUCUAUUCUUGAUAACUUUUUACAAAGGUGUCAAAAACAAUAUAAAGAAGCAACUGAAGAAGUAAAUAAAAUGCAACAGAAAUUGUCUAAAUUUAAGGAUGAAUGGAAAGAAUAUUGUAGAAGAUUCAAUGCCAUGAUAGAAUGGAUGGAUGAAGUUGAUAAAAAUAUAUCAGCAAUGAUGAAAGAUGUCUCAACUCUUUCUGAAUUUGAAAUGCUAAAAAUAAAGUUUGAGGAAAUCUGCAAUGAAGUAGACAGUCAUCAAGAAGAUCUGAAUUGGCUGGUGAAGGAAUUUAAUAUUUUAUCAUCUAAAUUAUCUAAAACUGAAACCAAAGAAGAAAAACAAAGACUAGAUGCAUUAACUGCUCGCUAUAAAACACUUAUUCCUGAAAUUGAAGCAACAGUGGUAGUUACGGAGACUGUUUAUAAAUGUUUCAUCUAUCGUGAAGAAGUGCAAGAAGUAACUAAAUGGCUACAUCAAAUACAAGAAGCAACAGAUAGCAUUGAAAAAGUUCAAUAUGAUAACAGGAAGAAUUUACAAGAUGCUAUUGAACAACAGAAGAUUCUCCUAAAACAAUUGACUGAUCACCAGUCAAAUGUACAAGCCAGUGUACAGAAAGGAAGAGACUUACAAAAAGAACCAAAUGCUCCUAAAUUUAUUCACUCUGAUGUUAGUCAACUUGAAAGUACUUGGAGUGAAGUAUUUAGUAAAACAGCAGGAAAACUGGAUAUGCUUCAAAAUAUUGAAAAAUUAUGGGAGCAGUAUGAAGAAAGUAAAUCAGAAAUAUUUAAAAUUCUUCGUUUGGCUGAAGAAACUUUACAAGAUACAGCAACUAAACCUUCUUCAUCUACAUUAGAAAAAAGUUUGGAAGUGAAUCAGGAUGUAAUCAAUCGACUGAAAUAUGACAGUGAAAAUGUUUUACAAAGACUUUGCAAAUUAAAAGACGAUAUCAUCAAACAGUGUCCUAAUAGUCGCCUUCGAUUAGAAAAGGAAACAAGAGAGAUAGAGAGUGAAGUAAGAAAAAUUCUUAAAACGAUUUCAGAACGUCUCGGAUAUUUAGAGCAAACAACAAGGAGAUGGACAAAUUUUAAUGCUCGCAUAGAAGAAUUUAUGCAUUGGUUAGCUAAGGCACAAGAAAUAUUGAAAAAGAUUGUAGCAGAUGAUAUUUCUCCUAAAGAAAAAAUUAAACUUUCAGAAAAUUUAUUCAUGGAAAUAAAGCAGAAGAAACAAACAUUAUUAACUUUAGAACAUGAAAGUCAUGAGCUUGCUGUUGAUCAGCCAAAUAGUUCCACAAUAGAGGAAAUGUACUCAAAGUUAGUUACAUUACGUCAACAAUUAUUAAAUCUGGAAGACACAACUAAUGUUCAUAAACAGUUAUUACAUGAGAAAUUAAAAACAAUGGAACAAAUAAAAGAUUUUAUUAAUCAGGGAAGAGAUGAAGUACAAAGAGCUGAGUCAUAUAUAAAAGGAGGAUUCCCCAAGUUAAACACUAUACAAGAAGCUAAAGAAAAAAGGAUAGAAAUACAGUUAUAUGAGAUUAGAUUCUUUGAAUUAAAAAUGCUUUUAUCAAAGGAAAUCUGCAAUGAAGUAGACAGUCAUCAAGAAGAUCUGAAUUGGCUGGUGAAGGAAUUUAAUAUUUUAUCAUCUAAAUUAUCUAAAACUGAAACCAAAGAAGAAAAACAAAGACUAGAUGCAUUAACUGCUCGCUAUAAAACACUUAUUCCUGAAAUUGAAGCAACAGUGGUAGUUACGGAGACUGUUUAUAAAUGUUUCAUCUAUCGUGAAGAAGUGCAAGAAGUAACUAAAUGGCUACAUCAAAUACAAGAAGCAACAGAUAGCAUUGAAAAAGUUCAAUAUGAUAACAGGAAGAAUUUACAAGAUGCUAUUGAACAACAGAAGAUUCUCCUAAAACAAUUGACUGAUCACCAGUCAAAUGUACAAGCCAGUGUACAGAAAGGAAGAGACUUACAAAAAGAACCAAAUGCUCCUAAAUUUAUUCACUCUGAUGUUAGUCAACUUGAAAGUACUUGGAGUGAAGUAUUUAGUAAAACAGCAGGAAAACUGGAUAUGCUUCAAAAUAUUGAAAAAUUAUGGGAGCAGUAUGAAGAAAGUAAAUCAGAAAUAUUUAAAAUUCUUCGUUUGGCUGAAGAAACUUUACAAGAUACAGCAACUAAACCUUCUUCAUCUACAUUAGAAAAAAGUUUGGAAGUGAAUCAGGAUGUAAUCAAUCGACUGAAAUAUGACAGUGAAAAUGUUUUACAAAGACUUUGCAAAUUAAAAGACGAUAUCAUCAAACAGUGUCCUAAUAGUCGCCUUCGAUUAGAAAAGGAAACAAGAGAGAUAGAGAGUGAAGUAAGAAAAAUUCUUAAAACGAUUUCAGAACGUCUCGGAUAUUUAGAGCAAACAACAAGGAGAUGGACAAAUUUUAAUGCUCGCAUAGAAGAAUUUAUGCAUUGGUUAGCUAAGGCACAAGAAAUAUUGAAAAAGAUUGUAGCAGAUGAUAUUUCUCCUAAAGAAAAAAUUAAACUUUCAGAAAAUUUAUUCAUGGAAAUAAAGCAGAAGAAACAAACAUUAUUAACUUUAGAACAUGAAAGUCAUGAGCUUGCUGUUGAUCAGCCAAAUAGUUCCACAAUAGAGGAAAUGUACUCAAAGUUAGUUACAUUACGUCAACAAUUAUUAAAUCUGGAAGACACAACUAAUGUUCAUAAACAGUUAUUACAUGAGAAAUUAAAAACAAUGGAACAAAUAAAAGAUUUUAUUAAUCAGGGAAGAGAUGAAGUACAAAGAGCUGAGUCAUAUAUAAAAGGAGGAUUCCCCAAGUUAAACACUAUACAAGAAGCUAAAGAAAAAAGGAUAGAAAUACAGAGAUUUGCUCAGAGAUGUCAUUCUAAAAUAUCAGAAUUAUUAGAAAAAGAAAGAGAUAUGGAAAAAGAGCAUACCGAUAGUUCUAUGUUCAGUGAUUUAUGCGACAUUCAAGAUCAAUGGCAACAAUUGCUCAAUUCAUCACAGAACUGGAAUGAACAACUUGGAAAAAUAAUUGACCAGUGGGAAUACAUUGCAUUUGAAUUAAAUGAGAUAAAUAAAUGGACAUCAAACACUGAACAGUUCAUAAAGAAUCAAUGUGCUGCUCCCGUUCAUAGUGUUGAUACAAUGGAGAAGAUAAAGGAACAAUAUAAAAAAAUUACAUCAGAAACAUCAGAAAAGCAGUUAAAAUUAGGAGAACUUCUAAAAGACUGUGAUGCAAUUGCAGCAAAUCUCUCUCAGAAAGCAGCAUCAGAACUUUAUAAUCAAAUAAGUGACCUGAGAAAACGUUUGAAUGAAAUUAAUGAUAAUCUUCGACAACAUUUGAUGAAAUUAUCAUCUGCUAUUAAUCAGAGAGAAGAACUCAUUAAAAAAAUAAACAAUUUUGAUAAUUGGAUUAAAGAUUUACAGCAAAACUCAAAUAAUUUGAAUGAUAUUUUUGUUGAUCAAAUAGAAACAGUGUUGAAAAAACUAGAGAAUCUGAAAACUGAAAGUUUGUCCAAAAAAUCAGAAUUCAAUAUUAUUUAUAAUGAAAUGAAGAAAAUUAAUGAAACUUGCAGUCCUCAGGAUUCUCAAAUACUUACUUCUUCAUAUUCACAAAUAUCAGAGUCUUAUCAAGCUAUAGAAAAUCAAUUAGACUUCCAGCAGAAAUUAUUUCAGAAACUUCAAGAAUUUCAGUUUUGGUAUAGAGAUAUCGCAGAACAGUUGAAAUUUAUUUUACAGAAACUGGAAGGCAGACCAUCACCAUCAGAACUCAAAACAAUCCAAUCAGAAGUAGAAACUCUACAGAAGCAAAUCAAUCAAAAAACACCACAAGCACGCGAAAUUGAAGAAAUGAUGAGGAGAUGUAAUCUAACAUUGAGAGAUAGAAUAUCGUCUUUACCUAUUUCACUGAUCGGACAGCUUAAAGAUGCAGAAGGAUUGCUUAAAAGAGCAACACUAACAAUUCAGAAAUACGAAGAAGAAAUGGAACAAAUUGGUAAUCAAUGGACAGAAUUUAAUCAAAUGUUAGAAUCAAUUAGUAAAUGGAUUCAGUUGUUAGAAACUAGAUUACAUGAAAUGUUUCCAAGAAGUCAGACUCUAGAGGGUUUGACUGAAAUGCUGGAAAUGCUUUCAGUAAUGCAAGAUGAGAUUGCCCAACAACAAAACAAACAAUUGAAAUUGCAUCAAUUAGGGCGUUGGCUAAUCGAAUCAGAUUCUUCUGCAUUUUCAACCAUACAAACUCAAUUAACAACACUUGAUAAAGAUUGGGAGAGAGUGACAUCUGCAUUAAAACAUAAAGAAAAGCUUCUUGCAAGCAUCAUUUCAUUGUGGAAAGAAUGUGCCAGUCUAAAACAACAACUUAGAUCAGUUCUUCAGCAAUUGCAAGAUUCACUACAGGUUCCAAAACAGCCUCCUUGUGAUAUACUACAAGUCUCUAAUCUCUUAGAUAAAAUAAAGAUUGCAAAUGAAUUGAAAUCACAGUGCAGAAGUAUGGAUGUUUAUACACAGAAGACAAAGGAAUUAAUAGAGAAAUUGUCUUCUCUGAAUAAUUUUGACACAGCUUCUCUUGAACAAGAAAAAGAUGAUUUACUGAAGCAGUGGCAUAAUUUAUCAGAUGCAGUUUUAAACAGAUAUCAAAAUUUGGAAUCACAAGUAGUAUUGUGGAAACAAAUAGAAGCUGCAAAAGAAGAAAUUAUGACUUGGCUGAUUGAUAUUUGUUCUCUAAUGAAUAACCAAUUAGAAAAUUUUGCCAACAAGCAAAAAGCUGAAACAGUUUUAGAAAAAUAUAAGAGUGAACUUCCUAGUCAACAAAACAUGCAUUCAGGACUUUUAUCUAAAGUUCUAGCUUUAGAAAAAUUGAAUGAUAUGCAGCAAAUACCUACACUUAUAUCUCUCAGAAAUGUGGUUCAGAAUCAUUUUGAUGAAGCUGAAAAACUUGCUCUUCAGUUGGAAAAGACAUUCGGUACAGUAUCCACAGAAGAGGAAUCAGUUCGUAAAGAUGCAGAAUGUUUCAGUGAUUGGUUGAGGAAAAUGAGAGAAUCUGUGACAAAAUGUGAUGAUACAACUGGUGACGAUGACACAAUACUCCACCGUCUCGAAGGAUGCAAGAGAUAUGAAAUUGAAAUUAAUGAUCGUGCACACGACUUGAAAAAAAUAGAAACUGGUAUUCACGAAUUGAAGCAUAAACAUCCGUCAUUGGAUGUCAGCCAAUUGCAAAAGGAGGCUGCUCACUUGCAAAAGAGAUAUGAAAAAUUAAAAGGACAAGUUAAUAAAGUUUCAUCUUCACUAUUUUCUGUUUUGGAUCGUCGAUAUCAGAGUGCUUUGAAUGAAUUUCAGAGAUGGUUAGCUACAUAUACUGAAAAGACAGCAUGGUGUAAUCCAGACUUAGUUGGUGACAGAUUUAGCUUGGAAACGAAAAUGGCUGCUUUAGAGGAAGUAGAAAAUAGUAUGGAUCAAGGUGAAAAAAAGAAAUUGCUUUUAGAAAAUACAACUGGUGCAAUGUUUCAAGUUAUUUCUCCUGAAAGGCAUCAAGAAAUACAAGUAGAAAUUGACCAAGUUAGAGCUGAAUGGACUGCAUUUAAACAAAAAGUUACAGUUACCAAAGGCCAUCUACGACAUACAUUAGAUUUAUGGCAGAAAUAUGAUCAGAUAUAUGAAAAUCUUGGAUCUUGGUUACGAGACAUGGAAGCAAGAGUUAAGAGUGAAACUUCUCAACAGCUUGAACUAGAUGGAUUAGAACAGCAGUUAUCUAAUAUAAAAACACUGAAACAAGAAAUAUCAGACAAUCAGUCAUCUCUCAAUGAUUUACUUCAAUUAUCUGAAAAUAUAAAUAAAGAAAGUCCAGAAUCAAGAGUGAAGAAUCAAGCAGCUCAACUUGUUUCAAGGUUUCAAGUUUUAGAGAGGUCCUUAAAAGAAUUUGAAGAUAAAUUACAAAGUUUACUUCAAACUCAAAAGACAUAUGAACAGGCAAAAACAGAUUUAAAAACUUGGCUAGAAGUAAUGAAUCAAAGAUUAGAAGCUACUUCAGAUAUCGGAAAAGAUAAAAGUAUAUUGGAAAACAAUUUGGAGACAUUAAAGGAUCUACUGUCUAAAAAGGAACACAGUUUAGUUUUACUUAAUGCUGUUACCGACGCAGGAGAAACUAUUUAUUUAAAUCUCAGCAUGACUGGAAGAGAUCAUAUUCGAGGAGAAAUGAGAUCGCUAAGAGAAUUAUGGAUGUCAAAAUGGAAGAAAGUAAAUGAAGUAAUUAAAGCUAUAGAAACAGCUUUGAUGGCUUGGAGUACAUUUGAUGAUAGUUGCAACCAAGUAAUUGCAUGGUUAGUGCAAGUUUCUGAUCAAGUUGGUUCUCAAGUUAAAUUGAAACCAAGUUUAAGUGAAAAAAAAUUGCAGUUUCAAAACCUGAAAUCAGUUCUUCAAGAUAUUCUAUCUCAUCAAUCUAUCAUAAACAAACUUCAGGAUAAAGCCAAACCUUUACCAGAGACUUCUGCAGUUCAAAAAGCCAAAGAUUUACAAACACAAUAUAAUGAUUUAAAUUCUACAAUGAAAAAACAUAUUGAAACAUGUGAAAAUUAUGUCAAUGAGCAUGAAACUUAUCAACAAAAUUUUGAAAAAUUUCAAGAUUGGCUGAGGAUUCUUAAAGCUACUAUUGAUUCUAGUUUUGAUCACAAUGAUAUUGACACUUUGAAGACAAAAUUAACAGCAAUUAGAUCUGUUCUUGAUGCCGAAAGUGACGGAAAAGAAAAAUUAGCUGAAUUAAAUAAAGAAUUACAGAAAAUAUUACAGCAUACAGAUAGUUCUGGCUGUUCUGUUCUGACUGAAGAUCUGAAAAAUCUGGAAGAUGACUGGAACAGCUUCAUUAAUCAAUGCAAGAUUAAUCAAGAAAGUUUAUUACAAACAAUAGCUGAUCAUGAUAAUUUUGAGAGUGUAUUAGGAAAUCUUGAAGGUUGGGUAACAACUAAGGAAGGACAAUUACGUGAUCAGCCCCUACGAAAUUGCCUGGAAACAAAGCUACAACAGAUAGAUAAAAUCAAGGAAUUAGAAAAAGAUGUUUGUUCAAAAGAACCAGAAAUAAUUUCUCUCUCCACUAAAAUUGAACAAAUAAAAGGUGAAACACUGCUAACUCCUCAAAUGGCAAAACUAAAUAGCAGGUAUCAAAGUUUGAAGAAUAAUGUUAAGGAGGCAGUUAAAAAAUGGGAACAGUAUUGUCGUGAUCAUGAAUUUUUCGAAGUAAAAUUGGCAGAAGCUGAAAAAUGGUUAGCGGAGCCUGAAAAGGAACUUCAGCAGUUGUCAGUUUUAACGGGUGAUAUGGCUUCUCUACAAGAACGAAAAUCUGCACUUGAAAUUCUUGGUGAUCAAUUAUCUCAAUCAAAUAGUCAAAUUGAAAGUCUGAUUGAAGCAGGUGAAAAAUUAUAUCCUCACACUUCACCUGAUGGUAGAGAAGUUAUAAGACAGAAAUUGAGAAACAUACGGAGCCGUUGGGAAGCAUUAAUGGAAGGAGCAGCCACUGCUUUACGUCGUUUGGAAUCAUGCUUACAACAAUUAAGUGCUUUUGCUUUGGCACAAGAACAAUUGAUGAAAUGGCUACAUGAUGUUGAACAGUCAAUGGAUCAUCAUACUGAGCAUAGAGGAUCACUACAAGAAAAACGAGCUCAGUUGCAAAGUCAUAAAGUAGUUCAUCAAGAUAUUAUUUCUCAUAAACCAUUGGUUGAAAAUGUUUGUGAAAAGGCUGAACAAUUAGCUACUACUACAGCUGACCAUUCAUUACCUGCAUAUAUAAAAGGAAUGAAGCAGAUGUAUGAGAAAAUGUGUGCAAAAUCAAAGAUUUUGUAUUUUUCCAGAAACAUACGGAGCCGUUGGGAAGCAUUAAUGGAAGGAGCAGCCACUGCUUUACGUCGUUUGGAAUCAUGCUUACAACAAUUAAGUGCUUUUGCUUUGGCACAAGAACAAUUGAUGAAAUGGCUACAUGAUGUUGAACAGUCAAUGGAUCAUCAUACUGAGCAUAGAGGAUCACUACAAGAAAAACGAGCUCAGUUGCAAAGUCAUAAAGUAGUUCAUCAAGAUAUUAUUUCUCAUAAACCAUUGGUUGAAAAUGUUUGUGAAAAGGCUGAACAAUUAGCUACUACUACAGCUGACCAUUCAUUACCUGCAUAUAUAAAAGGAAUGAAGCAGAUGUAUGAGAAAAUGUGUGCAAAAUCAAAGGAUCUGCUUGACAAAUUAGAAGCCUUUAUACAUGAACAUCAACAUUAUUUAGACCAAUGUAAAGAAUUUCAAGAAUGGUUAAGUAAUUGUCAACAAAAACUUCAAGAAUGCAGAGAUACCAGUGGAGAAAAAAAGAUUGUACAAAACAGGCUCGAUUUAUUAAGAACAUUAAGAAAUCAGGAAGUUGAAGGAGGAAAGAAACUUGCUGAUUUAGAAAGUUAUUGUAAACAAGUAUCAACAAACACGAGUGAUCAUGGAGCUCAACUUUUGAAACGUGAAGUGCAGGAUCUGAAAGAUUCUUGGAGUCGAUAUUUAGCAUCUUCCUCAGAAAGCGAACAUAAUUUAGAAAAUGUUUUACAACAAUGGGAUAGUUUUGAGAAAAACUUUAAAAAAUUAAUGACGUGGUUUACAGAUAUAGAAGCUGCAUUAAAACAUCCACAGUUACAAUCAACUUGUGAAGAGAAAGAAAGUCAAUUAAAAAUUGUGAAGGAAUUACAUGAACAAAUAGUUGGCUAUCAAAAGUCAAUUGACAACUUUACAGAUGAAGCACAUGCAUUAAUGCAUGUUUCAGGAGUAGAAACAAUUCGUGGUCAAAUAUCUCAAGUAAAUAGCCGUUAUCAAACGACACUCGCCAUAAUAAAGAAUCUAGUUUCGAGAUGGGAAAGUAUUGUAUUGGAACAUAGACAGUUUUGCCAGUUAAUGGCUGAUUGUAGUAGUUGGCUUAGUUUAACUGAAAAUUCAGUCACUGAAAUGAAAGAAGGAGGAAAAGUUGAAGAUAAUUUACAAAAAAUUCAAUUAUUAAUAACAGAUAAAUCCCACGGUGAACAAUUACUUCAUAAAACAAUUCAAGCAGGUGAAAGAUUGUUUCAGGAUACAACUGCACAAGGAAGAGAUUCGAUUCGUCAAGAGCUACGCUGUUUAAGAGAUCGAUGGGAUCAACUCAGCCUGCAACUUGAUGAAAUUCAAAAACUGCUUGAAUCUUAUAAUAGUGUGUGGCAUUCGUAUCAUGAGACUUUAAAACAAUUAUCGAACUGGAUUGAUGUAACAGAAAGAAUUGUUAAAACCACUGAAAAUAAUUUGACAUCUUUGCAAGACUUAGACACAAAUUCACAGAAGUAUAAGGUUUUACAGCAAGAAUCAGUAUCACAUAAAUGGCAAAUUGAUUCACUACAAGAGAAAGUUUCUGUUAUAGAAAAAUUACAGGAAGGAAAAAAUGUACCAACAGUUCUUUCAGACUUAUGCCAGAGAUUUAAUACUUUAUCUGAUUCUAUUAAGAAAUAUCUAGAACAAUUAGAAAACUUAUCAAGCCUGGUUCAUGAGUAUCGUGAACAAAAAGAAAAUCAUAAUAAUUGGCAGCAACAGAUUCUGAGUAAAUUAGCUCUUAGCAGUGAUUAUACGGGAAAUAUUAUAUUACUUCAAGCACAGCUUGAUAAACUUAAGGAAAUUGAAGAGCAACUACCACAAGGUUCCAUAUUAAAUGGAAAAAUAUGUGAGUAUGUAAAAAAACUGGUUAACCUGGUCUCCCCUUAUGAUCGUGAUUACUUGGAACAAGAACAAAUGAUGAUAGAAAAUAGCCAUCAGCAAAUCCUUGCUGAUAUAGAAGAAGCUAGACGACAAUUGCAAAGUAGAAUCCAGCAAUGGACGUCAUACGAACAAAAAUUGGCUGCAUUGACUUCUUAUUUAGAAAAUGCAGAAGCUUCUGUAACCGAAUUUUCACUUAAAACAUUAUUAGAUGAGAAAAAAGAACAAUUAGUUAAAUUUCAGGAUAUGAUUGGAUACUUAGAAAAUGAACAACAGAAUGUAGAACAACUAUAUCAUGUAGCUGAAAAUUUAGAACAAGUAAGAAAUGAACUUUUACAAAUGAAGAGUUCUGGACUAAAUGUAAUUAAUGCUGCUGUUCAAUAUGGUGAGAAACUUCAAGUUGGUACUUCUCCUGAGGGUUGGGAGAAUAUGCAGGCAGUCAUACAAAAACUUCAGAUUGCUUUUGGCAAGAUCUUUGAAGGAUCAACUACACUAGAUCGUUCUUUACAAUCCAUGCUAUUUUUAUGGUCAGAAUUUGAAGAAUUGCUUCAAAGAUUACAGCAAUGGGUUGAAAAUACUAGUAAGCAAUUGGAAAAUGUACCAAAAAUGGUUUGCACACUAGAAGAGAAAAAAGAAUUAAUGAGAACAUAUAGGGUAGGUUAUAAGAACUAUAGUAAUAAGAAUCAACUUUUAUGUUUAGAUGUACAGUAUAUUUUUGAACAAAAGUGUGCCGAAUGUGAAAAAUGGAUAGAAGAAAAAGAUAAACAUUAUGCUGAAAUUUCUGCACUUCCAUGUGGUAACAAAGAAGCACUUCAAACUAAAUAUGGAAGGAACAAGCAACUGUUUAAUUUUAUUACUAUAUUUCAGUCAUGUGUAGAUUUCUAUGAUGAUGUUGUAAGCAAGCAUGAUUACCUGAGUAAAUUAAUGGGAGAAAUUAAAGACUGGUUAGGUGAAGUUCAGAAUACUCUUGUGACCUGUACUGAUACAUCUUUGGAUAGGAUAUCAUUACACAAUAAUCUUGAAAGAGUAAAGAUUAUGCUAGGAAAUUUUUCUGAUGAAGAAUAUAAACUUGUCCAAGCUGAAGAACAAUUAGCUUCCGUUUUAGAAGGAACAGAACCAUCAGGUCAUGCAUCUCUGAGAAAAGAACUUGAGGAUUUAAGAGAAUUAUGGAAGGAAACUCAACAGAAAACUCAGAGUACUAUUGAGAAUUUAGAAAUUAUGUUAAAACAAUGGCAAGAGUAUGAAGAAAGAAUAGAAGAAAUACAGUUAUGGCUAAAAGAAUCAGAAAAUGCAUUACAAAUGAUCCCUCUUCAAGCAACUAUUUCAGAAAAACGUGAACAGCUUGAAAAAUUAAAGUGUAUGGAGAGUGAAAUUCAAGCAAAGGAAUUGGAAAUUGAUGCCGUUACUGAUAAAAUACAAAAACUACACAAAGGAUCGGCAACUCGCCGUAUUAGUCAACUCAGCGAACUCGGAAUACGUUAUCAGUUAUUAGUUUCAAAUAUUAGAGAUAUGGUGUCUCGAUGGAAUGGCUACGUAUGUAAUCAUCAAGAUUUCCUAAAUCAAACUAGCGAAUGUCAGAAUAAGCUUUCUGAAGCUGAACAAAAAUUAAAAUCAUGUGAAAUAAUGGAGGGUACUCUUUCUGAUUUACAAGAGCGACUCACAGUUGUACAGGAAAUUACAAGCAACAAAGAAGAAUUAUUUGGCAGUGUUCAGUCAACUGUUGAACAAGGUCAAUUAGUAUUAUCUGGUACAGCUCCUGUAGGACAUCAACAGAUUAAUGAUAUAAUACAAGAAUUACAAGAUAAAAGAAAUUUGUUGUCAUCUAAAUUGGUUUCUGUUAAGACAUCACUUGAAGAUUGGAUUCAUAUUUGGUCUGACUUUCUUCAUCUAAUGAAACAAGUUACUAAAACAGUUGAUUAUUUGGAACUAGGAUUACAAGAAGCUAGUCAACUUCAAACUACAUGGGCAGAGAAAAAGUCACAAGUGGAUCGUGUAAAAAGUUUGCAACAUAAAGCAGCACAAGAACGAAUAGAAGUAGAUCAUUUGAAAAGUCGAGCUGUUGAAAUGAUUGAUAGUGGACCAGAAAGCAGUCAUACUACACAAGCAAUGAAUGUCGUGCAUAAAUUUGCUACUCUUUCAGAUAGUAUUAAUGAACAAGUUUUGAAAAAUGAACAGAAUUACAGAGAUCACAUUACUUAUAAAAAUCUAUGUGAUGAUCUGGUGGCAUGGAUGAGACAGAUAAGAGAACAGGUUCCACCUAUGACUCGUUCAUUAAGUGAUCGUCUUAAUUUAGAAGCCAGUGUUACCACAUUAGAGGAAUUAAUGGCAAAGAAAUCACAAGGUCAACAAAAAGUCGAGUCCAUGAUUCAAGCUGGAAAAACAUGUAUGAAAUCUAGUUCUGAAGCUGGAAAUAAAUUAAUUUCUUCUGAUAUGGAAACUCUUCAGUGUGAUUUUUCUAAUUUAUUUACUGAUAUACAAGACAUGAAAAUUAAAUUGGAUAAUAUCUGUGUUCAGUUGAAAGAAUUUAAAGACGAAUAUGAACGAGUAAGUGAAUGGUUACAAUUAAUGGAUGGAGAAGUUAAAGCCCAGAGGGCAACUUUAAAAGCAACAUUGGAAGAAAAGGAAUCUUCAUCAAAAUAUUGUAAAGGAUUGCUGGAAGAAUUAGAAAAAGGAAAAGAAUCAGUUGAGAAAUUAACAAUUUUGUCACAGGGAUUGUUGACUUCACAUCUUGAUACGUAUAUUAGAAAUCAGCUUACAAUAAUAAAUUCUCGCUAUCAGGUUAUUUUGAAUCUAGCAAAGGAUGUUGCAAACAAGAUUGAACAGAAUUAUGAACAACAUAAAAAUUACAAACAAAAAUUAAACGAAAGUCAAACAUGGAUUAAUAAAGUUAAGGAGACGUUAAAUAUAAUUGGUAAACCAAAAGGAACGAGAGAAGAAAUUGAAGAACAGCUCAUAAAAAUCCAAGAAAUUAUUAGAAGACAAGAAGAGGGUCAAGCUCUAGUUCAUGCAACAUUAGGAAAUGGUGAUAAAACACUGCGUUCGACACAUCCUUCUGGAAAAGAAGUAAUUACAACAGAAAUGCAAGAACUACAAUCUCAGUGGGAUCAAUUAGUAUUAGCUAUCUCUGAAGCAAAAGUUUCGCUAGAAACUGCUUUGCUUCAAUGGGCUGAUUAUCGUUCAUCGGAAGCACGAUUGGUUCAAUGGAUAGAUGAACACGAUCAAAAAUUAGAACGAAUUAAAAAGAUUCAAGUUUCACCAACAUUUAAAGAAAAUGCCACACAAAGAAGAGCAAAGUUACGAAAAACAAAUAGCCUUGUUGCAGAUAUUGAAUCAUUCGAACCUAUGAUUCAAUCGAUGAGUACAAAAGCUGAACAACUUCAACAAACUCCUUCCAGCAGUAUUACUGAUAAAUACAAAACAUUAGCCAAAUCUGCAAAGGAUUAUCUGGACCAACAAAAAUCACAAAUGGAUAACUUCCAAAAGUUUAUGGAUAUUUGUAAUGAAUUUAAUCGUUGGUUGAAUACUGCCAAGGAAAAAUAUAGCAAGUGUGCUCAACCAUCUGGGGAUAGAGAUGCUCUUAAAAGUAAAACUAAAUUAAUUAAGUCAUUACAAUCAGAUUUAGAUGAAGGUUUGGAUAAAUUAAGGCAAAUUACUAGAUAUGGUGAAAUAGCAAAAGGAAGUUUUGUUGAAGAAUCAGAAAAGGCAAUGAUAGAUGAAGAAAUGGCCAAAUUGCAAGAAGAAUAUGAAGAAUUCAAGGAAAAUGUUAAUAAUAUCAAAUCUGCCUUAGAUGUGAGUGCAGCAAAAUGGAAUGAAUAUGAUGAACAAUUUUCAAAAUGCUCAGGUCUUCUGGAUGAAAUGGAAGCUAAAGUUCAGUCCUGUCGAAUACUUCAAGCAGAUCUGAAUGGAAAACGAACAAAAUUAGAAGAAUUUCAGGGCCAUUUACAAACAAUUUUUGAUUGGCAAGGAGAAUUUGACAUUCUAAAUAUUAAAGCACAAAUGCUAUUAGAGACAUAUUCAGAUUCAAGUAUUUCAAAUGCAUUUACUCAACUUUCUGCAAGAUAUAAUGCUCUGCUUUCUGUGGCCAAAGAAACAAUGCAUCGUUUAGAACAACACUUCCAAGAACAUCAGCAACAGCAGUGUAUGCUUGGUGAAUGCGUCAAAAUAAUAGAAUCAUCUCGUGAACGACUGAAUGAAUGCAAGCUUUCUGAAGAUAUCGAUGAUUUGAAUGCUAAACUUAAUACUAUAAAAACUCUUGCUGGAAAUAUGGAGCAAGUCCAAAAUAAAGUGAGAUAUACUCUUGAACUAACAGAUAAAGUUAUACUUAAUACUGAUUCAUCCGGAGUAAUCAAUAUAAAAGAAGAUGCAGAAAAACUUAAAAAUGAUUUUGAUACUUUAGUUCAAGAUAUAUCAAACAUUAGAUCACAGAUAACAAAUAAGAUAAGUGAAUUAGGUGAAUUUUAUAAAAUAUUAAAACAAUUUCAAGCAUGGAUGCAAGAAAUUGAAGAUGAAAUCAAUACAUGCAAUAAAAAAGAAACUUCUGUUUUACCAGAAAAGAAACUGCUAUUAGAAAAAUAUCGAAAUAUCAUGAAAGAUAUGGAAAAUCACGAAAAAUCAUAUCUUCGUCUUGAAUCAGAUUUCAAAGAAGGUAUCCACAAAAAUCCUGAAAUAAUUGAUUUAACUCAAAAAUAUAAUGAUUUGUUAAAUACCGUAAAAGGUAAAAUUGUAUCUCUUGAAGAAGAAGUUAAAAAAUGUGAACAAUAUAAAGUUUCUCAGGCAGAAGCAGAAAAUUGGUUGCGAGAUACUAAAUUAAAAUUACAGAAAUGUAGCGAAUGUGUAGGAGAAAAACAAAUUGUACAAAGCAGAUUGAAUGAGUAUAACAAAAUUGAAAAAACUCUUUCAGCUGGACAUGGUCUUGUUCAGAAAGCUUUAAGUUUAGGAAAUGAAAUUAAAGGCGUGAUAUCUGGACAAGGUGAAGAACAACUGUCUCAAGAACUUGAACAGUUGAACUUGUUAUGGGAGAAAGUACAGUCUCUUUCUAAAGAAGUAGCAAAAUUGUUAGACAAUUGUUUACAUUGCUGGACAGAAUUUGAAGCAGUAUAUUGUAAAAUGCAAGAAUGGCUUUCUAGAUUUGAAAUGAUUGUCAAGAAGGCACUUGACUCACCACCCACUCAAGGCGAAGAAUUUAAACACCUUGAAAACCUACAAUCGUUAUUGGAAGAAGCGAAUACAAAUAAAUCGAAAAUGGAAGAAGUUAAUGAACUCUGUGAAACUCUCAUAGAAGUAACUUCAUAUACGGCAGUGCGUGAUAAAACUAUAAAUCUUUCCAAUCGAUAUUCUUUGAUUGUAACAAAUUUGAAUGAAGCAUUAUCAAAAUUGCAAAAAGUAUUAAGCAAUCAAAAUGAAUUUACUAAAGCAAAGGAAGAAUAUAUGCAAUGGUUUGAACCAAAUAAGGUUAGAUGGGAACAAAACAAAGAUCAUAAAGUGGACCAGACUAAACUUACUGAAAGGCUUCAAAUUCUUAAGGAUAUUUCUUCAUCUCUUUCAAUUGGUCAACAUCUUAUGACAGUUGCAUGUGAAGCUGGAGCUAGAACACUUGGCAUACUACCUGAAAAUGUCCAAGUUAGCGUACGAUUAGACAUGGAAAAUAUGAGAAAUGAAUUUGCCACUUUCAGUGAACAGAUUAGUGAAGCAAUAUGUCUGUUUACAUCAAUAUGUAAUAGACUACAAGAAUUUACACGUAACAGUAAAACGUUUAAGGAUUGGUUAAAUGAUAUUGAAAAAAAGUUGAAAAACAAUUUGUUUACUAAAGGAGAUAUGAUAGAAAUUCGAACACUGAGAGAACAUUAUAAGCAAAUUGAAUCAGAUAUUCAACAACACAAACCACUUUUGGCUGAAUUAAAGAACGAGGCUAAUGAACUUCUUCAGAAAAUAGAUGAAGAUAAAAUGAGUGAAGAGUUAUGUGAAUUUUCCGAGAGGUUGUCAGCGGAUGAAUACCGUUGUAAAGAACUUCUUAGCCAGUUAGAAUAUGAAAUGAAAAAUAUUCAAAAUUAUCAACAAUCACUACAAGAAACUGAAAAAUGGCUUCUUCAAAUGUCGUUUCAUUUAAUGUCUCAUCAUUCACAGCAGAUAAACAAUUUGGCUCAAACUCAGGACGAAAUUCAAAAACAUGGGGCAAUUUUGAAUGAAAUUCAGCAAUAUCAAAAAGUAAUAGACAAUGUUAAAGAUAAAGGAUAUCAUUUAAUUAAUAAUUAUAAAGACCAAGCACCUGAAAUAGAAGAUCAAAUUAAACAACAGUUAGCAAAUAUUCAAGAUAGUUAUGAUUCAUUAUUAACAAGUGCUGAACAAAUCAAAGCACAAUUGGAAGAUGCAUUAAGAAAAUUUAUGAAUUAUGAAGAAACUAUGAAUAAUUGUAGUAGACUUCUUACAAAUGUAGAACCUCAGCUUACUUCAGAUAUAAACUACAAAAUGCUUUCUAUAGAAAGUGUUAAAGAUAAAUUGGAUUCUACAAAAGAUAUUUUGAGUAAAUUAAACACAGCCAAGCAGCAAUUAGAAACAGCCAUUCAAGGUUUUGCAGAAGCAACUUCAUCAAUAAGUCGACCAACAACUCCGGAUGAUGGUCUAGAUACAAAACUUAAUGAAAGGGAGUUACAAAUCAAUGUUCAACUUCAUGAUUUCAUAGAACAAGCUGAAUCUCAAAUUUUGGCACUUACAAGCAUAGUGAAUGAAUGGGAAGAUGCUGCUCAGUUAAAAGAAAAUGUUUCUAAAUGGACAGCUGAAAAGCAAAUAGAAGUUUCACAUCUCCAGUCUGCUCCAUUAGCAAUGAUGCCGGAAGUUGUAAAUGAUGAAAUCAGAAAAUUAGAAGAAAUGAAGCAAGACCUUGCUGACAAAUUAUCAUCAAUAGAUACACUGGAAGAAAAAGAGAAGUCUAUAAAUCCAGAAGCAGAUGAAUCAUUCUUAAAAGAAAAAUUGAAGAACUUAGAUAAUCAGUUAACUGGUCUCAUUUCAAACUGGAACACUCAUAAAUCAACAUUGGAAGAAUUGAAUGCACUUGCUGAAGAGAUUAAUUCUGAUUUGGACACAUCUAGUAAUAAAUUAGAAUUAAUUGAGAAAUCUGAAAUGGAAGAAAUCAAACAAAAACAAUUAGCAUUACAAAAUUUCCUGGAAGAUACAGAAAAGAUAAAUGGAAAAUUAGCAAAAUUGAAAAAUAAAAUUGAAGAAGUUUCUAAAUUUUUAUCUGAUGAUCACCAUCAAAAACAAUGGGACAGAAUCAGAUCAUUAGAGAAAAAGUUAGAUGAUUUAAGAAAGAGAGUUUUAAGAAGACAACAAAGCCUUGAAUUACUUCAAACAAAUUAUGAUAGUGUUAGUAUGGAGAUGAUGUCAACAUACGAGUGGAUUGAAGAGAAACUUGUUGAUAUACAAAGUGCUCUUCAUCCAGGUUUUCAUAGCAAAGGAAUUGAAGAUGCUUUGAAAGAAGCAAAGUCUCUUCAGCGAGAAGUUGAAAAUAAAGAAGUAGUUAUUCACUCAUUUGAGAAAAGGGUAGAAGCUCUUUUACCUGAUCUAGAAACGAGUGAAGCAGAGAAACUACAAGAUCAAUUUAAAAAAUUAAAAUCAAAAUUUGAUGAACUCUGCAAAGCUGUAUCUGUAGAAAUUAAUAGAUUAAAUAACUUAUUAGAGAAAAGUUAUGAAUUUGAGAAAGAUGUAUCUUCUGUUAAGAGUUGGCUUCAAGAUAAAGAACAAGAAGUUAAUCGAAUAGAACCCACACCUGGAAAAAUGGAAGUUAUUGAAAAAUCAAUUGAAAAUUGUCAGAUAAAAAGAACUGAAAUAGAAACUUAUGAAGAAACAACUAUCACAAUUGUAAUCAAAAAAGGACAUGAACUUGAACCACUUUGUUCAUCAGAACAGUUACAGGCAUUGAAUAGAAUAUUUAAUGAAAUUAAUGAUAAAUUAAAUGAAGUGAAAAAACUACUUGAAGAGAAAGUUGAAGCCUUAAAAACAAUUUUGGCCAAGCAGCAAAAAUAUGAAGAAAAAUUAAAUUCAAUACGUCAUUGGCUACAACAGACAGAAGAGACAGUUUCUUCAGAUUUGCUGACCACAACAGUAUUAGAAAUUGUUGAGGAACAGAGAAAUACUUAUGCAAACUUAAAUAAAGAAGCAAAAAAUCUUCUAGGUGAUGUAAAUAAUUUACAAGAUAUUGCUAACAGUCUCUACGAAAAGAUGAAGGAAGCAGAAAAGUUAUUAAUGGAAGAUGAGGUACAAAAACUCAAGGAAAGACAUCACAGAUUGGAAGACAUCAUAAGAGAAAGACUUUUAGCAUUAGAAGAUGCUGUGAAUAGACAAAAGGAACAGAUAGCAAAAAUCAAGGAAAGCACAAUUCAAUUAGAAGAAAUGAGAUCAGAAGUGAAAGCAUUAAAUCGGCCAAUUGGAAUAAAGGUUGAAGAUGCAGAGGCGCUAUUGAGAAAUUGUCAGGAUUUAUUAGGACGUGUUCAAGAUAUUCAUAAUAAAUUAGACCAAUUGAAACCACAAGCUCAUAAUAUUGACCAAGUCCAAAAUCUCUUGUCACAAUUCAACAAAAUUAUUGAAGCCAUCGAGGAUCAUCGCAAGAGAGCAAAACAUGCUAUUACUCAACGUGAACAAUUUUAUGCUAGUAUUAAAGAAAUAACAAAUAUUAUUACAUCGUGUACGGAAACAAUUACGAUUAUUGAAAAGACAGAGAAAACAACCAGUGAAAAAUUUAAGAAAUAUCAAAAUCUAAUGGAUAAAAUAGUUGAAUGUGAUGCAAAAUUAACAGCAACUCAGGAUAAGGGUGAACAGAUUGGAAAGGAAGGAACAGUUGCUGAUCGAAAUGAAAUUAUGAAUGACCUUCAGGCACUUAAAGAUAAAUUAAACAAUCUACGUAAAAUGGUUCAAAAGUUGAAAACAGAGCAUGAAACAAUGAUGGCCGAACAAAAGAAAUUGGCAGAUAAUCUCGAAGAACUUCUAGAAAAAUUAAGAAGAGACGAAGCAGUUGUGAAAUCACGACCCCUGCUUUCUCUUAAUGUUGAUAGUGUAGACAAUGAGAUGAAAAAGCAUCAGGCACUUGCAGCUGAGAUGCAAAAGCGUCUCGAACUUGCAAAAACAUUAAGCGAAAACAUACGAAAAGAACUUCCUCGUGUAUCUGGAAACAUCAGUGAAAUGGUUCAGGAAAAUCUUAGUGAACUUAAUCUUUUACAAACAACGUUACCUCGUGAACUUCAGGAAAGAAAUCAGUAUUUAGAUACAGCUCUCAUUUCAAGAAGGAAGUACAAUGAAGCAAAAGAAGGUUUGAUCCAGUGGCUCGAUAAAGCUGAAAAGUUAAUUGUGGCACCAGAUGAUGGAAUAGAUUAUGAAAAUAUUAAUACAUUAUUAUCAAAUCACAAAAUAUUCUUUUCUGAAACUAAUAAAUGGGAAGAUCAGCUUGGCAGAUUAGAAGGACUUGCUCAGAAAAUUCGACCCAGUUUACAAGAGGGUCAGGUUCCGUUUCUCAUUCAAGAAUUAGAUACAUUUCGGGGAAGAUUGGAAAGAACCACAACUGCCGCUGACAAAAGACGAGCUGAAUUAGAAAAAGAGCAGCUCGCGUGGCAAGAAUAUAAUAACAUCCUAGAGAAAAUUAACAAAUGCCUAAAAAAUAUGAAAAUGCCCGAAGAACGGCCAGCUACAAUUGCAGCAAUACGCGUUAGUAUUCAGAACGUAAGCACUCAUUUCAAUGAAGUUCAUAAAAAUCAGAGUCUUAUUAAUGAUAUGAAUACUAAGAGUCGUGCUCUUGAACGUAAAGCAAAUCCAGCUAGUAGAGCAGUAAUAUCAAAUCAAGUUGCCAAUAUAAAUAAAAUUUGGCAAGAAGUGUUAUGCCAGUUAGAAGGACAACUGUCUACUCUAACAGAUAUAUUAAAUCAAUGGGAAGUUUAUACAGAAGUGUAUCUGAAAGCUCAAUCAUCUAUAUCGGCAUUAGAAGGUAAACUUGAGAACAUGAAAAUAACUCAGACAGGAAAUGAAGAAAAUUUGAAUGUAAGUUUAACAUUUAUUCAAUAUUUUCACUGCUAUAAUUUUCAUCAUCCCACUAAUCCAAAAUCAUUAGAGAAAAAGUUAGAUGAUUUAAGAAAGAGAGUUUUAAGAAGACAACAAAGCCUUGAAUUACUUCAAACAAAUUAUGAUAGUGUUAGUAUGGAGAUGAUGUCAACAUACGAGUGGAUUGAAGAGAAACUUGUUGAUAUACAAAGUGCUCUUCAUCCAGGUUUUCAUAGCAAAGGAAUUGAAGAUGCUUUGAAAGAAGCAAAGUCUCUUCAGCGAGAAGUUGAAAAUAAAGAAGUAGUUAUUCACUCAUUUGAGAAAAGGGUAGAAGCUCUUUUACCUGAUCUAGAAACGAGUGAAGCAGAGAAACUACAAGAUCAAUUUAAAAAAUUAAAAUCAAAAUUUGAUGAACUCUGCAAAGCUGUAUCUGUAGAAAUUAAUAGAUUAAAUAACUUAUUAGAGAAAAGUUAUGAAUUUGAGAAAGAUGUAUCUUCUGUUAAGAGUUGGCUUCAAGAUAAAGAACAAGAAGUUAAUCGAAUAGAACCCACACCUGGAAAAAUGGAAGUUAUUGAAAAAUCAAUUGAAAAUUGUCAGAUAAAAAGAACUGAAAUAGAAACUUAUGAAGAAACAACUAUCACAAUUGUAAUCAAAAAAGGACAUGAACUUGAACCACUUUGUUCAUCAGAACAGUUACAGGCAUUGAAUAGAAUAUUUAAUGAAAUUAAUGAUAAAUUAAAUGAAGUGAAAAAACUACUUGAAGAGAAAGUUGAAGCCUUAAAAACAAUUUUGGCCAAGCAGCAAAAAUAUGAAGAAAAAUUAAAUUCAAUACGUCAUUGGCUACAACAGACAGAAGAGACAGUUUCUUCAGAUUUGCUGACCACAACAGUAUUAGAAAUUGUUGAGGAACAGAGAAAUACUUAUGCAAACUUAAAUAAAGAAGCAAAAAAUCUUCUAGGUGAUGUAAAUAAUUUACAAGAUAUUGCUAACAGUCUCUACGAAAAGAUGAAGGAAGCAGAAAAGUUAUUAAUGGAAGAUGAGGUACAAAAACUCAAGGAAAGACAUCACAGAUUGGAAGACAUCAUAAGAGAAAGACUUUUAGCAUUAGAAGAUGCUGUGAAUAGACAAAAGGAACAGAUAGCAAAAAUCAAGGAAAGCACAAUUCAAUUAGAAGAAAUGAGAUCAGAAGUGAAAGCAUUAAAUCGGCCAAUUGGAAUAAAGGUUGAAGAUGCAGAGGCGCUAUUGAGAAAUUGUCAGGAUUUAUUAGGACGUGUUCAAGAUAUUCAUAAUAAAUUAGACCAAUUGAAACCACAAGCUCAUAAUAUUGACCAAGUCCAAAAUCUCUUGUCACAAUUCAACAAAAUUAUUGAAGCCAUCGAGGAUCAUCGCAAGAGAGCAAAACAUGCUAUUACUCAACGUGAACAAUUUUAUGCUAGUAUUAAAGAAAUAACAAAUAUUAUUACAUCGUGUACGGAAACAAUUACGAUUAUUGAAAAGACAGAGAAAACAACCAGUGAAAAAUUUAAGAAAUAUCAAAAUCUAAUGGAUAAAAUAGUUGAAUGUGAUGCAAAAUUAACAGCAACUCAGGAUAAGGGUGAACAGAUUGGAAAGGAAGGAACAGUUGCUGAUCGAAAUGAAAUUAUGAAUGACCUUCAGGCACUUAAAGAUAAAUUAAACAAUCUACGUAAAAUGGUUCAAAAGUUGAAAACAGAGCAUGAAACAAUGAUGGCCGAACAAAAGAAAUUGGCAGAUAAUCUCGAAGAACUUCUAGAAAAAUUAAGAAGAGACGAAGCAGUUGUGAAAUCACGACCCCUGCUUUCUCUUAAUGUUGAUAGUGUAGACAAUGAGAUGAAAAAGCAUCAGGCACUUGCAGCUGAGAUGCAAAAGCGUCUCGAACUUGCAAAAACAUUAAGCGAAAACAUACGAAAAGAACUUCCUCGUGUAUCUGGAAACAUCAGUGAAAUGGUUCAGGAAAAUCUUAGUGAACUUAAUCUUUUACAAACAACGUUACCUCGUGAACUUCAGGAAAGAAAUCAGUAUUUAGAUACAGCUCUCAUUUCAAGAAGGAAGUACAAUGAAGCAAAAGAAGGUUUGAUCCAGUGGCUCGAUAAAGCUGAAAAGUUAAUUGUGGCACCAGAUGAUGGAAUAGAUUAUGAAAAUAUUAAUACAUUAUUAUCAAAUCACAAAAUAUUCUUUUCUGAAACUAAUAAAUGGGAAGAUCAGCUUGGCAGAUUAGAAGGACUUGCUCAGAAAAUUCGACCCAGUUUACAAGAGGGUCAGGUUCCGUUUCUCAUUCAAGAAUUAGAUACAUUUCGGGGAAGAUUGGAAAGAACCACAACUGCCGCUGACAAAAGACGAGCUGAAUUAGAAAAAGAGCAGCUCGCGUGGCAAGAAUAUAAUAACAUCCUAGAGAAAAUUAACAAAUGCCUAAAAAAUAUGAAAAUGCCCGAAGAACGGCCAGCUACAAUUGCAGCAAUACGCGUUAGUAUUCAGAACGUAAGCACUCAUUUCAAUGAAGUUCAUAAAAAUCAGAGUCUUAUUAAUGAUAUGAAUACUAAGAGUCGUGCUCUUGAACGUAAAGCAAAUCCAGCUAGUAGAGCAGUAAUAUCAAAUCAAGUUGCCAAUAUAAAUAAAAUUUGGCAAGAAGUGUUAUGCCAGUUAGAAGGACAACUGUCUACUCUAACAGAUAUAUUAAAUCAAUGGGAAGUUUAUACAGAAGUGUAUCUGAAAGCUCAAUCAUCUAUAUCGGCAUUAGAAGGUAAACUUGAGAACAUGAAAAUAACUCAGACAGGAAAUGAAGAAAAUUUGAAUGCCGUACUGAACGAGGCCCGAGGAUUGAAAGAUCAAGUAGUGGAUGUUAACACGUUGUCUUCGGGUGUGUUGUCGUAUUUGACAUCCUCUUCCGAAUCUGCAGCCGAUACUGUGCGUCGAGAAGUACAGACACUACAAGAAAGAUACAAUAAACUUUUAAGUGAUAUUGAAGCAUAUAUAAAACAAGUUAAAGAAGAAAAGGCAGUAACUGAAGCACUUAAAAUUGAUAUUUCUGGUUUAAAAGAUGGUUUGCACAAAAUAGAAAAUGAAAUAACAAAUCUUGAUUGCUAUGAACCAGAUGUUGAGACAUUGGAGCUGACCCUCUUGCAAACUUCACAAUGUGUGUCCGAUCUCAGUCAACAAAUAAAAACUUUAUCUAACGAAACUAAAACUCGUUACCUGGAGAAAGGUUCUAGUGUGCCCGAAGAGAUCAAUAAAGAGUUGUCGUCUACGGAAAUAUAUUGUGAAAAAGUAUCCUCUUCCAUGGAAGAAAAAGAAAGAGAGUUCAAACGAGCAAGAACAAUAAGAUGGGAAUAUAUGCAAGGUGUCGAGAAAAUUGUGGAAUGGUUGCAAAAGGCACAAGAACAACUUCAAAAUAAAUCAAGUAGCAUCACAUUUGCAAAAGAACUUGUAACAACGCUUCUUUCCGAACUUCCAUCAAUGAGAGAUCUGUUGGAACAAAUAAAGAAAAAUGGAUACCAAAUAAUGGAAAAUACAAGAAAUAAUGAAGAAAAAAAUGUUAUAAGUAGCACAAUAAAUUCUAUUUCAGAUCAGUUUGCACAAGUUGAUUCAUGGAUUGAAGAAAGAAGGAAACAAAUUGAAGAAGCUUUAGCUAACCAACAACUGUUUCUUAAAUGUUAUAAUCUGUUGAAUGAAUGGCUCAUUAAGAUUUCAAACCUUUUAGGACAACAAAUGCAAUUAAAUGUACUUUCUGAAGCUAAGCAAAAGCUUUCUGAAUUUCAGGAUGCUGCAAGUGAGAUUCCACAAGCUCAACAUUAUUUAUCAGAUAUGUCAAAAUACUUAGAAAAUAUAACAAAUGUCUGUGAUCCGGGGGAAUUAGCUGACAAAUUGGACGAAAUUGAACAAGAAGAGAACAGCACUGAAAGCCGUUUACAAGAAGAAGUUGCUCUUCUUCAAGAAAUGGUAGAAGAAUGGGAGCAAUGUGAAAGGAAAAUUAAGGAAGUUACUACAUGGAUGGAAAGAUCAAAAAAUAAUCUUGAAUCAGCAGUAGCUAAGAAGAAAGGAUUAAGGGAUCAAAUAAGCAUGAGAGAAAAAAUACUUGGUGAUAUGACAAUACAAAAAACUAAAAUAAUGAUGGCAAUGGAGAAGUUUCAGGUUCAUCUAAGAACCAAAGCAUCAGGUGAAAAUCAAGUGAUUUCUAAAGGAAAGAAUCUCCAGCGGGAUCUGGAAGAAUUUCAACAGCUGCUUACUGAUCAGUGCAGUAAUUUAAGUAAGUGUUUAAGUCAAGAAGAGAAAUAUCAACAAGAUACACAACAACUCCGUCAUUUAGUUACUCAGGCAGAACAUCAACAACAGUUAGCUUCUAAUACAUCAGUUGCUCCUGAAGAUAAACCCAAGUUAACAGAAUUGCAAAAUGCCUUAAAAGAUCAAAUCAAGAGAUACCAGCAACAAAUUUCAGAUCUUCAAGAUCGCAUUAAAAGACUUAAUCAAACAAAAAUACCCGAUAAAGAAUUGUAUAAAAUUCAUAUGGAAUCAUUACCGUCAACGACUCUGGCUAUACCUCAACCUCCUAAAAUUUAUGUUCCUUCAUCUAGUCGUGAGCCAUCGCCAAGUAUAUUUCCGGGACAAAGAUAUCAAGAAGUAAGAUAUUCACCCAUAUCUCAAAUUCAAGCUGAAGAUUCUCCCCGCCUAUCAUAUGCUGCUGUUGCUUCGGGAAGAUUUAGUCCUUUAGUGUUUCGUUCACGUGAGGCCAGUCCUUUAGUAGAAAGCAAAUUAAUUAAAACUGUCACAAAGAAAGAUGAAAAGAAAACUGAAUAUGAUAGAAAAACGCCAGAUAUAACAAUGCAAGUUAAAGUUUUAGAUGAUUCUUCCAGUCAGGCUAAAGAAGAAGCUACUAGUCAAGUUACUACAUCAACAAUUGAAACAAUUUCAUAUUCUCACCAAGUUAAAUCAAAAGUAAUUAAAACUCAAAUUAUCAAACCUGAAAAACUUGUAUUUGAAUCUAAAGAAAUAAUUGAAAAAGAUGAACCAAUAACAUCUCAAGUGCCUGAAUCACCUAAGCGCACAGGAGCAAGAAAGAAACAGAGGAAGGUGCAAAUAAGUAGCGAAUCAGGAGACAUUUCUUCAUCAGCCUCAUCAAGUCCAAAAGCAGAUAUUCAGUUUUCACCAAUUUCUUCAUCUGAUCAUGGUCAGUCUCCAACAUGGGCUAGUGGUUUUCUUUCUAAACCAUCUUAUGCUGAUAUUGUAUCGGGACGUGCAAGUCCCAGACCAGGCACUCCAAGUACUCCACCUACUCCACAACAACGAGAGCGCUUAUUGGUAAGUUCUCCAACACCAGAUGGUCAUAUGAUGUCUUCUUAUCAAAAGGAAAUAAUCAAAACUUCUGAAGGUGAAAGUACUGUUGAAAAACAAGAAAUGUCAAAAUUUUCUCAUCAGACCUACACAACAGAUUGUCCAGUUUACCCUUCCACCUCUAUUCCUGUAGAUACAAAUGGAAAAUUAUUUUGUAUUCAACCAGAACCUAUCUUUCCUAAACAGCCAGAAACUACAUCUAGCCAAAUGAUGCAUUCUCAAUCUCUUCCUACCGAUACUACUCAUUCUGCUUUUCAUAUUCCCGAAAAACUACAACCUUCAGAGGUAUUUUCUUCUUCACAACCAACUCAUGAUAUAUCUUUGUCAACACAAAUUGUUACAGAACCUUCAGAUCAAAUUCAUUCAUUUAUUGUUAAAGAGACAUCAGAAUCUUCUCAGUCAUCUUCAAGUUCUAUGGAAACAUUACGUAAAAUAGGUGAAGAAAGGCAAUUAUCUCAUAGUCAAACCACUCAUACUCAAAAACAAAUUAAAACUUAUAUUCCAACAGAAUCACCCCGUUCUGCUUCACCCGAUACCAGAAAAUUAACUUAUGCAGAAGUAGCGAGAAUAGGAAGUCCACUUCCUGCUGUGAUUGGAUCUCCUACGUUAGAUAGAAGAGGAAGGAGUCCUUCUCCAUUUUUUUCUUUAAAAGUUGAUCCUCAAUUGCAGAAAAGAACACCUCCAUCACCAAUGGCUAGUUCUCCAAAGCAGCCAGAUUUAAGUAAAAAAGAAACGACUUCAAAGGAAUUUGAAGACAAAAAUAUACCUCCAGAUGACGAUGAUCCUCAAAGAGCCCAGCAGUCUUUUUUAGAGGUGGCUUCUGAUCACCGAACUCGUCCAAAAUUGGAUGAGAAAGACUGGUGGGAACAAGUUGAAGAAGAAGAAAAAGAUGAUCAAGAGAAUCAGUCUUUUUUAGGACAAAGCACUGAUAAUACGAAUCAAAAAAACGAGUAUAGGCCUCUGUUCAACAUGGAGGAGGGUGUAACUAUGCACCAGUUGAACAGAGGCAGCGAUAAUAAUAGUGUUACCAUCAAUUAUCCUCCAAGAUCUGACUGUGGGUUUGAUACCUCAGGAACUAUUUCACAGAUCAAUUUAAAUAAUAAAUAUGAAAAAACUACAUCAAAUGGAAACUACAGUUUAAAUGAAAAUAAUCAAAACAAUAUCUCAAAAGACAGCAAUAUAUAUGAUAGUGAAUCAGUUACAGCAAAUACAGAAUUUAAUGAUGCAAUAGGAAAUAAUAUUCAUCAAAAUACGUUAGAUAAAUCAAAUGUUAGUGUUCCUACUACAGAAAAUUUUUGUGAAAAGAAAUCUGAAAGUUACAAAGACAUUAAACAUCCUUUAGCUUCAUCACACAGUACAGAUGUUGAAAAAUCUACAAAAAAGAAUAAGAAGAAGAAGAAAAGAAAAAAGGCAAAAUUGUUUCAAAGCAACAAAACAACAAAUGAUUCUCUUCAUGUUUCACCAGAAUCAAUUCCUGUUGCUUCAACAUCAAAUGAAAAAGAGCAUAAAGGUAGUUGUUUAGAAGUUGAUCUUAAAAUGCCAAAAGUUUGUACCAAAAUUAAAAAAUGUAAACAGAAAAAACUAAAGAAAAUUCUUGCUUCACCGUUAACUAAGAGAUCAAUAUUAUUACAAAGCUCAGCAAAUUUGUCUUUGACGAGUGCCAUAGGAGAUACGGUAAUUCAUAUUUCUGAAUAUCGACCACAUUCUGCUCUAUUCUCUGACGGCUGUGCAUCUCCAUCCGGGACGUCGGAUUCCGGUCUUUCUAGUUUAACUAAAGAAGGGUGUUUAUCAAUACCUCCAUCUCCAGACUUAUCAGAAAAAGAAAAAAUUUCACAUUUCAUAUCAAAUAUUAAACUUUCUGAUUUGCCAAGAUUUAAUUUAUUAGAAAAGCUUGUCAUAAAGAGUGAUUUAUCAACUUCAAAAUUGCCAAUGCAUGCCUAUUUGGAAAAUUAUGAGCAUAGUGACAGUCAGAUAGAAACGGACGAAGAUAAUUUUCAAGAAAGCUCACCAAUACAGUUACCUCUAUCUGAAAAUAAACAUGAUAAAAUUGAAAUUACAGAUGAACAGGUGCAUAAUCUUCCAUUAAAUCGUCCAGAAAAUCAGAAUCCUAAUAUUAAAACUGAUGAUUUUAAUAUAAACCGAACAGAAGGAGUACAAGAUAUAGCUACAUCCAUUACUGAUGAGGAUUCUCAUACAAUAGUAACUCAUCUGUUUCAUUCUACAACUAAUAAUGAUGAAUUGUUUGAAAAUGUAGUUGAUAAAGAACAAAUUUUACAAAAUGUUUGCAAAGAUGUUAGCGAAUCAUCAAAAAAAUCCACUGAUUCAGAUAGUUCCAAAAAUCAGAAGUUACAAAAUGAAGAGAAAGAAAUGAAAAUGAUAUCUUCUUCCCAGAUAACAUCCAGUCAAGAAAUCCAAGACAUUCCUGCAGAGGUAGAAUUAGAAAGUAGUCCAUUGAGUCAAAUAACUGAUUAUCAGGUUGGAGAAGAAUCCACUCAGGUGUCUCGUACAGUGACAUCACAAAAAGUUAUUCGUACGGUUUUAGAGAGGACUACCUGUACUGAGUUUGCUGGACAAACAUCACAGGUGAUCCAGAUUGAAGACAACAGUAAGCCAACUGUUGUGCUUUCUUCUUCACAAACUGGUAAAUUUGAGAAACAGUUAUCUGGUGUUUCACAAAAGAGCAUAACAUUAUCUAAUUCACAGUUUGAUAAUGAGCAAAUAAGAACAGUUGCACAAAAUGUUGUCUCACAAAUAAUUCAGAAAUCACAGCAGAUAAUAAAUAACAAUGAAAAUAUUCCUGCAAAUACUGCUUUUGUACAGCAAGUUAGUCAUAAAACAUCAGAAGCUGGGAUGAUUAGUAAGCAACAGCAUUCGGUUAAAAGAACAACUUUUUCCUCUCAUACUGAAAAUGUAGCAGAUUACCAUUCUGCUUACUGUGAGCAAAAAUCUUUUACUGCAGUAAAUAAUGUAACAGUUCUAAAAUCAACAGGAAAUAUAGCAACCUUUUACUCAUCAAAUGAAGGUGUCUUGGAUUCAUCUUCAUUAUAUGGAGAAACAGAAUUAGAACCUUGUGAUGAUAACCAAUUACAAACAUGUGAAAUUCAGGAAAUUAUUGACUACGAUGAUGACGAAGAAGAUGAAGAAAUAAAAAGGCUCACUGGUGAGUGUGAUUAUACAGUUUUUGAAGAAGUUGAAAAGUUAGAUGAUGAUAAAGAUUCUAAGCCCACUUAUUUCGUUGAAGAAGAUAAAAAUAUUUUUAUGCCUUUAGUAGAUAAUGAAAAACUUGAAUCUACAUUUGAACAGUCUGUGCCAGAAACAAUGAAAACUGAACUAGUUGAAAGAACAAAAUAUUUAGAUGAUGAUGAAGUUAUUACUUAUGUAAAUUUGAAUGAUAAUAUAAUAAAUUCAGAAAACAAGGAAUUCUCUGAAGACAUUUCUAAUAAAAAUGAUUUGAGUGAAGUAGAAAUAAUUGAAGAGUCUCAUAAAAUUGAUGCUAGUAAUGUUGAGCAUUUUGUUCAAAUUUCUGAAAAAUCAGAAUUGCAUAAGGAUGAAUUUAAGUCAGUUAAAGUUAAUGUUUCCCAGAAAGAUAGUGAAAUAACUGAAGAUAUUUCACAAGAUAAAAAUAUUGAAUUAAAUAAAUCUGUUACCAGUAAAGAUAAAACUGAAGAAAUUUUAGAUUAUAAUUGUAAUGUUCCUCUAUCAGAUGAUAAAAAUAAGUUGGAAAAGAAUAGAGAACCUAAUUCAGUUAUUGAAGAUGACAAUAAUAAUAAUAAUGAAAGUUUGAUACUAAAAUAUGAUCAAUCUGUUGAAAAUUUAAUGGUCCUUGGCAGGAGUAUUUAUGCAAAUGAUUUGAUUAGAGAAGAUUCGGUUAUUUCAGUAGAUAAAGAUACAGAGAAAUUGAAAGAAGAAACAGUUGAAGUAACAUUUCAAGAUGAAGAAUUACAUACUGUUGACAAAUCAAAACUGCAGAAAUUAAAUGAGGAUUCUAUUCAGUUCAGAGACGAAAAUCAAAAUAUAAAUCUGUACCUUGAAAAAGACGUAGACACCAGAACUAAACUAGAAAUAAUUCCAAAUCAAAUGGAAGAACUUGAAGUAAAUAAAAAUGAGUAUAAAAUGUAUACUUCAACAGAAUUAGAAAGUGAAAAACAUGUACUAAUUUCUCAAGAUAAUGAAAAAAUAGAGGAAGUGAUGAUAUUACAACAUGAUGACGAUGAACUGAAACAUAAAGUUGAAAUGCCAAAACAGUUAGACAAUCAACAAAUAGUAUACUCAAAUUUAAAUGACAAAAAUGGUAAUAUAGAAUUUAUUCAAAAAAUGGAGAAAGCUGAACAAUUAGAGCAAUAUGGAAAUGUAGAAGAAUCAAAGCAACUGUUAGAUAAUAUAGGUAAAUUGAAUAACACAGAUACAUCAACAGUAGAAAUUGAAGAAUGUACUCAAACAGAAAAUAUUUCUGAAGAUACAAUAUAUAUAUCAGAAUAUAAAUAUGAUGAAUCACAUCUAAGAACACAAGAAAUUUAUGAAGAAUCUAAAGAGAUAACUCCACAACAUGAGAUUGACACCAUACAAUAUUUUGAAAAAGAACAAAAAUCAGACCAGGAAAAAUUUGAUAAAACAGUAAAUGAUUCAAAAUUUCCUGAAGUGUUAAAAGAAAUAUCAGAACAGGAAAAUGUUCAGUUAUUAGAAAGUCCACAAAUGGAAGAAGAAAAGAAUUUCCUUAGAGAAGAGCAAUACGUACUUCCAAUUUCGGAAUAUACAACGGAAAAAGAUAAAGUCUUAUCGGAAUUUAUAAAAAGUAAAAGUUCUUCACAAAUUUCAGAAGACAUUAGUGACGAAAUUAAAGAUAAAUUUGAAACUCAUACUUUAUCUGAAGUAGAUUCUGAAAAACAAGUAAAUAUAAAAGUAGAAAUGAAAAGUAUAGAAUUACUACCUGAAUGGAAAAAAGAACAAGAUCAUAUCCAAAAAUCUUUUGAAGUUAUUGCAAAAACAUCUCAGUUUGAAGAAAAAAGAUCAAAAUUACAAGUUCCAUCAAAUGAUGAAUGUCAUAGAACACAAGUUACUUCAUCAGAAAUUGGGGAAAGUAAUCAGAAAAUAACACAAGAUAAAGAUAAAAUAAAUCAAAUAUCAAUUUUGGAUAUCACAGAAAACUUGAAAAAGGAUGAUGAUCAUGAUCAUGAUAAUAAAAGUAAAGAAGAGUUACUUGAAAUAUCAGAAUAUAGCAAAAAGAGUGUACAAGAAUUACAAAUACCAACAGACACAGAAAAUAAAGAGAUGCAAUCAUCAGAAAAUGAAGUUUGUGAUUUGAUAGAGGAUAAUGAUGAUGUAAUUAAAGAAGCAUUACUUGAAAUAUCAAAAUAUAGUGAAGAGAGUGUACAAGAACUGCAAAUACCAACGUAUGUUGAAAAUAAAGAGAUGCGAUCUUCAGAAAAGUCGGAAAAUGAAUGUAGAGAAAUUUAUACGCAAGAAAAAAUGAAAGAAUUUUCUGAUGAAUUUACUACUAUUGAGCAGGAGUUUGAAAAUGUGGCAACAGAACAUGUGAACUUAAACUUUAAUCUAAUUUCAAGAAUAGAUUCAGAGCUGCAAGUUGUAGAAAAGAAGCUCCAAAAUGUUAUGAAAAGUAUUAAUGAGCAUGUAACUACUGAAAACAUAAUAUCAGAAAUAAAACAAUUAAUGAAGGACGUCGAACAAUUAGAAAGUAGUGUGAAAAAUCUUCGGGAAGAAACUUUGGAUGAACAGUUAUAUGAUAUAUUAAAUGAAGUACAAAAUAAAAUUGAGGCUAUGAAAAUGGAUCUGUUAGCCAGAGAAGAUGCUGCAAAAGGUCAAUUGAAAGUUGCCGAAGAAAUCAGACAGAAAGCUACGCAUUGUAUUACUUUUCUUAAGACAUCGUAUUCGUGGAUAACAAGUGUUUAUUCAAAUUUAACAUCAUGCACUGUAGAAUUUGUAACAAAACAAAAACAAGAAGAAAAAUUGAAAGAAAUGAAGAUUUUGAAAUCACAGUUAUUAGAACGAAAAGCACAGAUAGAAGAAAUAGCAGCAUUUUGUCCCAAACUUGAAAAAUAUGAAGAUACAGUCUCUUUGGCACAGGAUAUGAAAGAACAAAUAAAAAUGAUUGAAGAUGUUUUAGGAAUGGAAAACAAUUUAAUAGUUAAUAAAAUAGAAAAGUUAGAAGAUUUAAUCUCUAAAUUUGACGAACAAAAACCAGUUGUUACGGAAUUAGAAGAAAGUAUCAUUAUUCAAGAAGAUCUUUUAGAUUCAUUACAAAGUGCAGCUUCUUCAAAUCAGGAAGAAGCAUAUAGCAGUGAGUUUGAAAGUAUGAUGAUAUCAAAACAAGUAGAACUUUGUUCUUCAUUUAUAUGUUAUAACGAUAUCAGAUAUAAAACUAAUAAAGAAACAACAGAAAAUAUAGACAAAAACAUAACUGCACAAAUUCCAGAAGUUCUUUCAUUGCAAUUAACAUUUGAAGAACAAAAUAUUUUAUCAAAUAUAGAAAGAAGAAUGCAAAUAUUUAAAAAUAUUCUUGCAGCUGACGAUAAAGAGUCUUCUUUAUACAUAUUUAUAAUUAAUUUUGUGAUUAUUAUUGAAACUAUUGCAAAAUAUUUUGAAAUUAUUAAUCGUUACUUGAAUCAAACAUUGACAAAUUCUGAAGAGCGUGUUCAGGAAUAUAAGGUAAGUUUAAACAUAAUUUUAUAUUAGUUAUUUAUAAACUUU